CUUCAGAUCGUUGAUCACGUGGUUUUCCUUCCUUUUAUGGUUGCAAAUCGUCGAACGGAAAUAUGGUUUUCCGACGACAGGAAGAGGAGCAGCGAGGCGUGUGAUCUUUGACGCUGUUUUGCUGUGAAAAUAUAAUAUUAAGUCUAAUUUGUUUGGACCUUCUAACAACGGACAACAGAGGAAGCCGUAUCUAAUCUUAAACGGAAGUGAAAUGAGCAUAGAUGGUCAUUAACUUCCGUAUAUGUUUAAAAGUGCGUAGGAUAAAUAUUGCUCUUUCGCCGCCUGGCAGCCACAUCACUUUGUUACUAGCGUGAAUGUUGAGUCACUCCAAAAUAUUUUGUCCUGAAGAUUCCGUCGCGUAAAUGAUCCGUUCCGGAGUAUGAUUUCCAAAAUGGGCUGCAUUCUUGACGUUACAUUGCUGGGUUUGGAUUAAAUAAAUAGCGUCGCGGAAGAGUACCAUGGCAGGACAAGCCAACAUGAGGACCAACAGAAGAGUUCUCAGAGAGGGGUUUCUUCACAAGAAAACCAGUCUCCUCAAGCAAUGGCGAACCAGGUUCGUGGUGCUCAACAGGCAGUUGCUUUGUAUUUUCAAGAAAGAAGAAGAUGAGAAACGUGGGAGAACAGCAGAUGGUCGGAUAUUCUUAGUUGACAUAGAAGCGGUUGAGAAGUUUGAGACCAAGAAACGAAAACAUUGUUUUAAUUUGAUCGUGGAGGGGAAGCCUUUCUUCAGCUUCUGCUGCAGUUCUGAGUUAGAUAGAGAGCUGUGGAUUCGAUCUAUUCAAGCAGGAAAGGAGAGUGAGUUAAAGGAAGAAGAAACUGAUCCAAUCAGGCGAAAGAGCAUCAAGUUAACCGGUGGAUUAAAGCGUAUCACAAUUCCUAGAGAGAAAGGACAAGGGUUGGGGUGCACAAUUAAAAAUGUUGGUGGCGUCAUAUUUGUGAAUAGAAUCCUAGAAGACGGCCCAGUUUCUACAUCUGGAAUACUGAGACCAGGUAUAGUUUGUUAUUUUAAUUUGCAAAGUAUUUUCUAUUUCUUAUGAUGCAUCUUGACAACUCAGAAAUUAGAACAGCAUUUGUUUCACCUCAUUUUAAUCUGGUGUUAUUUCAUAUCGCUCUGUUUAUCCUGAAAACAUCUGACAUCUUUUGGUGUGGGCGGACUUUUCGACAUGUAAUUAAUUAGAAGGUGUCCAUUCUAUGUAAAAUUUCAAUUCUAAUGUGGCUUAUGAGUCAUCGACGGAAAAACAGCUAAUGGCUUGGAAGUCUAAGAAGCAUAAAAGAACCAAUAAGUCCCUUAAACAAAGGGUGGAAGCUUAUGUCAUUUUACGCAUCUAAAGUUCGCACAGGUGUUCGUGUUUGCGGGCUAUUUAAAAGAAAAAUUGUAGGCUAAGGUCUAUUCUAGUGGUAAACCAUCUUCCAUAUUUCGCAGUCAAAUUUUAGGCCAUUUUUAAGCCUUAACUUGAUUUUAUCGCUUUGAACAAGCGCAUUUUGAAAUGCACGUAUCUGCCCCUUUGUUCAUUUUGUUGUGUCUAAUAAUUGUCAAAUUUUCAUGCCAUUCAAACCUAAAAUCACCCACUAUUUGUGCUAAUUUUCAUAUGCAAAUACGGAUACGCUGUAAACACGCAAAUGCUCGCUUUAUUGAUUUCCAGACUCACAGUGUUACAUUGUCUUUGAAUGAAUCCGUGUGAAAAUUUUUUUGAAAAUAGGUCGUAUUUUUUAAUUUAUUAGUACUAUUACAACUUCUUCCUUUGUUAUAUUUCAUACAUAUUAUAAUAUUUACUUUUUAAAGCUUGCCGUAAUCUCCAUUGAAAUAAGACGGCUAGUCUUGUUUUGAAAGAGUGUAAUAGUAUUGUCAUUACACGGUGUAAAGUAUUUGUCAAAUUCUAUGUUAUUAUUAUUUCUUUUCUUAUUUGAUAGUUUUCUCAAAAAAUUUAACCACCAGAAGUCCUCUAUUUAGCCCCCAUCUUUAGCCCCCCAAACCCCCUUUUCAGGGGAGGAAAGUUGUAAGCCCCCCAUUCUUUUAAGGUCCCCAUCCCCAGAAAAGCUAUGAACAUAGGCUUAUUCAUCAUAACCCAAUAAUUAUUGUCAAAAGAUGCAAUAUGAUCUGGUAUGAUUUAUUCACAUGCUGGAAGUUGAAAUUGGUUUUGGUCUUCAGCUGCAAGACCUCCAUUGUCAUGUGCUUGACCUUUUCUAAUUUGCGUCCUAGCUCUUUGUGGAGAAUCAAUACCAAUUUCUGGUUGUUUGGAAAUUAAAGCGAUGUGUUACGCCGUUUCAGUAAAUUAAAUAAACCCCCCUCCCCCUUGCUCAAAUUAGCCCCCGUUUAAGUCCCCCCCUUCAAAUGUGCUUGAAAUAAAAUAGGCCCCCUUGUGGGCUCCAUAGAGGAUAUAUGUUAUAAAUUAUUUGCUUAUAAUCUAACCUCUAACUCACCAAUCAAAAAUGUAUACUAAUUUUUUUCUAGGUUUAAGUAAUAUUAUGUUGAAAAAAAAAACAUGCAUAACCCAGUAUAGCGGAUUAAAUUGCUAAAAUGUUAAGGUUUCUAUUUUGCUUAUUUUUUAAUAAAUGCAGUGGUGUUAUAAAAGUUGUUUAUAAACGUGAUGUAUAAUUUUAACAGAUAUUAAAAUAUUUAAAUUUUUGGCACUUUUACAAUAUAAAUAUUUUUUACCAACACUGAAAAGGCACAGUAAUGUAAAUAUUUUGAUGCUUAAAACUUACUACUCUGUUUUAACUUAACCAAUGUUGUUAACUUUCAUAGUGAUAUAACAGCUUAAAAUUUUUGUAUAUUUUUUUGCAUAACUUAAAGACAAAACACCUGCUCACCGCUUUCACUAAAUUCCUUUUGAAAAAAAGAUCUGAAAAUUGACUGCAUGAUUACUUUCACCAACAACAUCAGAACUGCUUAUGUGUUGCCUGUUAACAUCAUAGGUUACAAGUUACUUCUUAAUUUGAGCGGAAAAUUUUAGCAAUGUGAGUUUAUUCAUAAAAUUUUUCACAUGUGAAGUUGCAAAUUGCUUUGACAAAGUAUCCAUGCAUCUUACCUGACAGCCAGCUAAAGAUGGUCUCCAGCUUCAAAAAUAUUACAGAUGAAGACAUCAGGGCAUUAAAAGACUGCACUCACUCUUUAAAACAUCUAAAGACGUAAAGACAGAACAAUUUUUACCAGAAAGUUGUGAACUUGAAAUUGCGUGCUUUAAACUUUUCUCAGUAUAAACAAUAAACAAGCCAAAAACUCAUGAUUGCGAUUGUCAGCAAAGUUUGAAAAUGGUACACUCAAGAAAUAAGAUAAACUAAUUUCCCUGGCCCAAAGGUGCGGGAAAUUAGUAGAAUUUUGACUUAGAAUUUUGUGAAAUUAUUACUUUCACUGAGCUGAGGUUUAGUUACCAUUUGAUCAUACACAUGAAUCAUCAACAGCUUUAGUUUUCAGUUUGACUAUUUAGCAUUUGGAGGCAACAUUUGGACUGUUUUGUUAGUUUCGUUUUUUUGCCGGUAGUUAAAGAGGUUUUUGCAAAUGUUUAUCAGAAUAAAAUAUGUCAUGAUUGUCAUCCCAAGACUCAGGUUUGUGGUGCUAUACCUAGGCCCAUGACGUAACAAAUCAUUUUAAUAUGACCAACAUUUUGAGGACAUUAACCCUUUUGAUGCAGAUAUGAGUAUGCAUGCAUAUAUUUUCUUCACUGAUCUUCAUUCUUUUAGCUAUGAUACUAAUGAGAAUUUACUCCAAACAAAUUUUGAUUUCCUUUUUCUCACGACCUUUAAAUAUAAUAUUUUAUUACUUACACAUUACAUACAAUGUACACACAAAACCUUUAUUUCUCUUGAAAUUGUAGGUUUAAAAAAAUGUUCAAGUGAGGCCUUUAACUGCUAUAACUAAAAAUAAUAAUAAAAUUAAGAUUAAAAUCUGAUAUUUCGCUGAUCAACGGCAUCAUUUUAGAGUAAAUAUAGUAAAAACUAUAGUUAAAUUUAAGAGUAGGUAAAACAACUAAUUUUAACUAAGAGGUGUUAGCUACAAUAGCUAAUAUCUCCAAGAUUAUACUGUUGCAACAAGUGUUAAAAUAAGGAGAAACAAGAACGCUCUUACAGCACAAGCGUUCAGUCUCAUUUGCUUGGAGAUUAGAUCGAGAAAUGAGGAGGCAAUUUAUUCGACACAAAACAGCAUUUACUUGUUAAAGGAUUUUUACUUCCUACUUUUUCAAUGGCGAGUAUUCUUCAGGAUAUUCACUUUUUAUUUGUUUCUGAAUUGAUUUAGUACACGUGUUAGUGACGACCGGAAAUAUGUCUGCGGUUACAGGCUAUAUGCGUGUAUAAAUACACAAAAAUUCAAGGGCCUCGAUUCCAGAGAAAUUACAUCAUUGCCAGAACUUUAAAAAAAGUGAUUUACAUGGCACGUCAUUUCAAUCAUCGCCGAAAAUAAACCGCAUGUUCAUGACACGAGUCAUUUGCAUACAAUGAAAGCUUACAACACUUGACCAUGGCAUCCCAGUUUUGCUAAAAAAGAUUCUUUUUUUUUCUUUUUUUCAACCACUCAGUAGUGUUCACUUGUUCCAAAGUAAUCAACGCCCUCAAGCGAUAGAAUUUGUGGACCGACAUGUUUAGGAAAGCUCUAAAUUUAAUCUUUCCUAAGCUUUCUUCGCAAAACAUGCAUGACUUCGGUCACGCAACAAUUAUUAUUCCCAGUUUCCACGGUCUCUGCUUGGAAUGCCUGGCACAAUGAUCCCCCUUUUGUGUCAUAAAUACAAAGAAAAACGGGUUGCAGAUUAUGAGUCUCGCUGCUUAUGCAAGCGAGAUUAAUUACUCUGGUCAUUCUCAGAGGGGAAAGGUUUAACAGGGAUCCCACUGCAUGAACAUGUAACUGCAUGAUGGCUGCCUGUGAAAAUCUUUAAGGCUGGUGUUAAUAUUAGUCUCUCUAAGACUGCUAGAAGUUUGUGAUUUUAACUUACAAUAAUUAUUGCUUCUGUAAUUAAACAGGAGAUCAGAUUCUUGACAUCAAUGGCAUUGAGAUUGGAGGACGUUCUGUGUCUGAGAUCAGUGAAAUAAUCAAAGGAAGCCCAGAGAUAGUUAUAUGCACAGUCAAACCAUCCUCAGAUUACCGUUACUGUGACACAGGCCAAGUAGGUGGGCACACCGAAUAUGCUGAAAUAGACUUGGAUUCAUUGAAAGCAAAAGGUGAUGAUGAUGAUGAUGAUGAUGAUGAUGACAAUAAGAGUGUGUCCAAAAACGGGAGCAUUGGCAGGGACAAAAAACAUUCUGAUGCAAAGCCUCAGCAGAAAAGACAUUCACUACCAUCAGUUCUGCCAGACCCGAUAUUGGAUGCUGGAGCUUCGCCAAGGAGCAAAGAGGACACACUAAAUUAUCUUGAGUUGAACUUUGGAGAGAACGGACCUCGUAAUAAGAGUGAUGUGUCUCGGUCACCUAAAGUCCCACCUAGAAUGAACAAACCACAAAACAAGCCUGCUUAUGUUGAGCUUGAGUUUAAAACCAAAGACAGCAAAAGCCAGAGCUCUGAAAGGGCAAGAAACAGUACUGCUGCCGGAGAAGUUGACAGAAAGAGUAAUUCACUUCCGCGACAAUAAAAUAGUCCUUUAGAGUUAACAGGUUUUAAGUUCCAGCAUGUCACAUUUCAGCUUUGUUCCCUUGAAAUAUCUGUCAUGUUAUUAGAAUUCAGGUAGGGUUGAUGGGACCAUUGGGCUGCAACAAGAACAGAUUUGAGGGUCCAACCAUUAUUAUUACUUUAGUAAAAUUACACAUUGACCUAAAUCUGGAAAAAUCUCGCACCUGGUGAUUGAAAGAGUGGCCACUUGAACAAACAGUUACAAGAAUUUAACUGAAUAGCCUGCAUGGCAAAAGUUUGUCGCUUGCACGGCAAUGUUUCCCUACCAAUAAUUGGUGUGCUCUUUUGAUCGUGUUUACAAAAUGUAUGGGCUCACGGGUCAGCUUUUUUGUCUGUUCAUCUUCUACCCUUUUCUUCUGUGUUUCUUGCGCUUUAUGCACUUUGGAAAGCAAAUAACUGCUGUGCAGGCUGUGGGAAAUAGAAUGUUUCAGCCACCCCCCCGUCCGUUCACCCUCUACAUUCUGCGAAGGGAAUGCUGGUCAUGAACUGGAUGGUGAUGAAUAUGCAGAUAUUUAUAGCUGUUGUAAUAGACCAUAAUCAGUAAAUAAAUAUUCUCUAGCAGUAUUAGUAUAGGAAAUAGCAUGAUUUGUAGUGAAAUUUGGCAUAAAUACCACGAGUGAUAUUUCAAAAUAUUGUUAUCCGUAAUUUUUACGAGCCGUUAGGCGAGUGAAAUUUGAGACAAUGUUGAAAUAUCACAAGUGGUAUUUAUGCCAAAUAUCACGUACAAAUUAUGCUGUUAUUUGUUUAUACUACUACCCACAAAAGGUUUCUAAUUUUCACAUGUAGAUAUUUCAAAUUAAGCUGAAAUACCACUGCUCUAAGCCCGUCAAAUUGCAGAAAUUUCCCUUGUAGAAGUAUAAUUAAGGCAAGCCUGCGGUGAAAAAUUACACUGGUUCCCCCUUUCAUCAAGCACACCUAUCUGUGAGCUACUACUGCUUCAAUGUAGUGAGGAUAGAAAACCUGUCUUUAAAAAAUUAUUUAUUUUAAUUAUUAUAAUACUCCUUUAAAAAAUGAAAACUUCCCCUGGAAAUAUUGCAGCAGUUUAAUGUUCACUGCGAAACCCAAGAGCCAUGAAAUGUUUAUAUGUGAUAGAGCCAUGUCAGCUUUAUUUUAAUAGUAUCUCAGAAAUAUAUUGUUAUGUACUGUGUGCAAUUUAUGCAUCUUGGGAACAUAUUAAAUAAAAUAUUUCAUAAUAACCUGUAGCUUAUCCAAUUUUAUCCUAUUUAUUGUAGCUAAUUCAGCAAAAAGACAAUGGCUGAUGAUCGUAACUUAAACAGAGAAAUUUAAAAAAUAUCAUAUUGUUAUUAUUUAUUGAUUAGAGUGCCUAAUACUUCAGGUACUGUGAGUCAUUGUGUUCUUUAUGUCAGGGAAGUAUGUAUACAAUUAACACACGUACAGGGGAAGGAUUGGAUUAACAUGCUUUUUUAACCAUUGUCUCACAUUUGCAUGGUUUUCUCAGCCCACUUCUUCAGUUUCGUUUUUUAUUGUAGUCAUAACUUCAAGAAGCAAGGGCUGGGUUAAGAUAACCCAGCGUUAGUGGAAAAUUUCAAUUUAGAUAUGAAAGCCUAAAAAGCAAAUUCAGCUUUAUUCUUUUUAUCCACAAUUGGAUGAUUUGAUGCUCUAAAAAGAAUCGAGAAUAUUAUCCUGAAAAAUGCUUUUGAACAAUAAGAAACGAAACCUGGGUUAAAAUUUAACCCUGGGUUAGCGCUAAUCGGCCUUUGAACAACUAGGCCUAGUACAGUAAUUGUUUAGAAGUUUUAUACAUAAAACUAUGUUCCACUUUGAUAUUGUGAAGGCGAAAAAGAACACUUAGAAAAAUUUUUAAGGCUUUCCUUUUUUAAUGGAAUGGGAAGCACUUGAAUUCAUGCAUCUUUAAGUGCCUGUUUUGCAAUGCUCUUUUUUGUCUCAGUGUAUUUUAACUUUCUAACUUGUAUGCACUGUACAUUGCUAGCUAUUUGCUGAAUAACUUUUGUACAAGUCUGUUGAAGGAGUCCUAACGAAUGACCUUUCAAAUGAAUGUUAUGGGGCACAUCUUGAUCAUGCGACACUACUUUAAUUUACUGUUCUCUAAUCGUUUUCAUUUGAUUUUGUGAAGCACAU